AGCUCACAUACUCUGGAUCUUAUUCGAUAACUACUCCUGGAAACAACUAUAAAGUUGGAAGCGCGAGGCAGACUGACUUUGCAAAGCAAACAGGAGUCUUUACUCCCUUCUUGCUGAAGCAGACGAAAAAGAAGCAGAAAAACAAGGAGAAAGAAUAAGUGACUGAGAGAGUUUUCGCUAUGGGAUCAUCAUCUCCGACGUCGUCUUGUAGUUCAUCGUACACGUCACCGUUUUCCACUCCGGAAUUUUCGUCUCUUCCAGUGUUGUCUCUCAGAGAGAAAAUUGUCGAGAAAGUCCUCCAAAAUCGGGUUACUCUCAUUGUCGGUGAAACUGGCUGUGGUAAGAGCUCUCAAGUUCCACAAUUUCUUUUGGAGGAAAACAUGGAACCCAUUUUGUGUACACAGCCGAGGAGAUUUGCUGUUGUAGCUGUUGCUAAAAUGGUUGCCAAAAGUCGUAAUUGUGAAUUGGGUGAAGAAGUUGGAUAUCACAUAGGCCAUUCAAAACUUUUGUCCGAAAGAUCAAAGAUUGUUUUCAAGACUGCUGGAGUUUUGUUAGAUGAAAUGCGUGACAAGGGAUUGAAUGCACUCAAGUACAAGGUUAUUAUUCUUGAUGAAGUGCAUGAAAGGUCUGUCGAGUCUGAUUUAGUUCUUGUCUGCGUGAAGCAGUUCCUACUGAAGAAGAAUGACCUGAGGUUGGUUUUGAUGUCUGCAACUGCUGAUAUUGCAAGAUACAGAGAUUACUUCAAGGACCUUGCAAGGGGUGAAAGAGUUGAAGUGCUUGCAAUCCCCAGUUCUAACCAGAGAACCGUUUUUCAUAAAAGAGUCUCUUAUCUCGAUCAGGUAGCUGAAUUGCUUGGUAUGGAUCCUGAAAUACAUUCAGAAUUAUCUUUGAGAUAUUGUUCUGGUCCAAGUCCAUCUAUGGCCAGUGCUGAAAUUAAGCCUGAAGUGCACAAACUUAUUCAUGAUUUGGUGUUGCACAUUCAUGAAAAUGAGACAGACAUUGAAAAGAGCAUUUUGAUUUUCCUUCCAACUUACCAUGCCCUGGAGCAGCAAUGGUACUUUCUAGAGCCGCUCAGUUCAUCUUUUAAAGUUCACAUUUUGCAUAGCAGCAUUGACACCGAACAAGCUCUCAUGGCUAUGAAAAUAUGGAAAUCUCAUCGCAAGGUGAUACUGGCCACAAAUAUUGCAGAAUCAUCUGUGACAAUACCCAAAGUAGCAUAUGUCAUUGAUUCAUGCCGAUCUUUACAAGUCUUUUGGGACAGCAAUAGGAAAGCAGACACUGCAGAGCUUGUUUGGGUUUCAAAAUCUCAGGCAGAGCAGCGUAGGGGGAGAACUGGUAGAACUUGCGAUGGCCAGAUUUAUCGAUUAGUUACAAAAUCAUUUUUCGGCAAGUUUGAGGAUCAUGAGUGUCCAGCUAUACUGAGACUAUCAUUGAGGCUACAAGUACUUCUUAUUUGCUGUUCUGAAUCUAAAUCAAUCAAUGAUCCCAAAGGCCUGUUGCAGAAGGUUCUGGAUCCACCAAGUGCUGAAGUUGUUGGAGAUGCAUUAAAUUUGCUUGUUCAAAUGCGUACUUUGGAGAAAAGAUCUCCAAGGGGACGGUAUGAGCCUACAUUUUAUGGGCGGUUACUAGCUAGCUUUUCAUUAUCCUUUGAUGCUUCUGUCCUUGUGGUCAAGUUUGGGGAAAUUGGUAUGCUUCGUGAAGGCAUUUUGCUGGGUAUAUUGAUGGACACACAGCCUCUACCUAUUCUUCAGCCUUUUGGUGAUGACAAUUUGUUUACGGAAUACACAAGCUGUUACUUUGGUGGCGAUGGCAACAAUAAAGUCCUAACUGGUCGAAAGGAGGUGGUACUCAUGGGAAACUUGUGUGCGUUACAGUUUUGGCAACGUGUUUUUAAGGAUAAACAACGUCUUGACCAUUUAAAACAACUUCUAAAGUUUGAUGACAUGAAGACCACCAAGUUAUUGCUGCCCAAGAUUGAAGAAGAAUGGUGUUUCUUCCACAAUCUUGUGCAAUCAUCUAUACAUCAUGCCUGUGAAUUGUAUGAAGACAUACUAAAUUCGUUGCACAGGUUUCGGCCAAAAUUCCUUUGUAUCUCUCGUGGGCUACCAACCUAUUAUGAUCCUUAUGAAUAUGAUCAUAAAUGCCUUCUCAAGUGUCAGCAACCUGAAGAUGCAGAUGCAUUUGUUGCAGAUAAUAAUUCCCUUGAGACAGCAUGUGAAACAAGGAAAUGUAUUGCUGUGCCAUUUGUUGCUUCCAAUCAAUUUCAAUCCAAUAAUGUGGCUGAAAAUCUGGCAAAUGUUAUCAGAGAGAUAAGAGUUCAGUAUGUAGAGGACAUGCCUCAUAAUCAGGUUAGAGAUGCUAAUGGUUCUAAUGACCUUUGGGAGUCUCCUUUAUGUGUUUAUUUCGCCAGAGGUUCUUGCAAUAGAGGUGGUCAAUGUGUAUUUUCGCAUUCACUUCAUGCAAAAAAACCCACAUGCAAAUUCUUUUUCUCUUUACAGGGUUGUCGUAAUGGAGAUUUAUGUGGCUUUUCUCAUGAUCUGGGUCAAUCUGCUUCAUCUGUCAGUUCAACUGCUUGCCUUCAAGAAGAUGGGGUUGCUAAUGCUGCCUCCCUUCUGCGAUUGUUUCCAACAUCUACAGAUGGAUGCAUUCUUUUGUUGGAUGACACAGAUUUGCAUUUCAGCUCAAAUAUUGCUUGCCUUUACGACCCUUGUAAAAUAAUCUCUACAACAUGUUUGUCAGACACCACUAUAUGCAACCCUUCACUGGAAGGUGUUAGAAUUAUGUGGGGCCUCAGUCACCCAUACGAGACAAUCAUUUCCAAAUCAGGGGGAAAUCUGAUCCCUUGGAAUGAAGUAAAGUGUGUGCUAUGGUUUCCUAGUCUUGAUGGCUAUUCUGAAAAUUUGGACAGACAGAAAAUUCUGGUGCAGAAUUUUUUUGAGUACUUAGCAAUCAGAAUAUUGGCUGAUGCCUUGUAUGAAGUACAAGUUAUCCUCACCAUGAACAAUAUCAAAUUUUCUCAACUGCAGGUGGAAAAGUUGGGAAGAGAUAGCUUCUUCUUCCUCACAGAGUCGUUUCCAUUUGAUGAGAUGAGUUUUGGGGAGUUGGCGGAUUCGGUGACUACAAAGAGGGCAAUGUGGGUUUCAAGACCCAUCUCCUACGUCUUUGAUCUGCACCCUCCUUCUGACCUUCAGUUUGGUGACUAUUCUUCCUUGCUGAAAGAAGCCCUUCAUGGAGAAUGAUUUCCAUGGCUCCUAUGUGGUUACAGGGUUUAUAUCUUUAAGCAGUUGGUAGUUUUAUACGGUUUUUCUGAAUCAAUGUUCUUAUUUUGUUUGUUUUCAGUUUUCCUUGAUAGAAAGACCCUUUCAUCUGAAGCAGCAUGUAAAGAGUAACAUUAGAUAAAUUAAUAUAUAUUACAUCAUGUGUUUGCCUUA